CAUGAUAGAGCCUGAAUUCGGAUAUUCUUACCAUAAUGGAAGAAGUUAUCCUAAUCGUGCUAGAACUGGGAGUGGCUAUGUAUAUGGUUCAAGAGAGAAUGGAUGGUCAGUUAGAACAAAGCAAGAAAAAUCGAAUCAGCUGUAUGGACACUCCUUAUUGAAUUUGGAUAAGAAAACUCGUAAGAAUAUUGAAAUUUUGGAGGGAUCUCUAUCAGAUAUAGAUCCCUGUUAUGCAUUCGGUAUGAAACAUUGGCAUCCGAAGGAUAAAACUGAACCAGAAAAACCUCUAUAUGUGACCAGUGAUAAACACUGGGAAAGCUGUGGUGUUUUGUUUACAAACGACGUUCCUGGAUGGAAAAAGAAAACUUAUUCUUGGCAGUGUAGGGAUGAUAAUGAAAAAUCUUCGGCAAGGAGCUUUUGCGAUCUCUGUGAUUAUGUAUCUGAACCAAGAAAAGUCUUUAUGAAAAAAGGUAAUGAGGUUAUUGCGCCUCCAAAACCGAGGACAAAGAUUAAGUAUAUUCCGCCUCCUCCUAUAGUUAAAAAAGCUCCAAAACAACCGGAGGAAGUAUGCGAUACUUUGUAUAAGGUAGUUGUUAAGACUGGUGACAUAAAUGGAGCAUCGACUAAAGCUAAAGUAUCGAUUACAUUAAGAAAUUCUAAAUACUCUAUGAAAAAAAGGAAUCUCGUAAAAAAUGGACUUAAAAAUUACGGUUUUGUAAAAAAUUCAAAAGAAACAUUUCAUUUUAAAGGACCAAAUAUAGGUCCAUUACAAUACUGCAUUGUAGAGCACGACGGUGAAGAAGUUAAGGAUAGUUGGUGGUUGGAAUACAUAGAAGUAACCAACCUCCGUAGUUUCCAGACUUUUAUAUUCUUAUGCAAAAAUUGGUUGUCCCUUCACCAUGGUGAUAAGAAAGUUAAAAGAAUAUUAUCUGGUGAAGAAAAAGUUAUCGAAAAAAUAGAGUAUAGAAUAGUUGUCAAAACUGGUGAUGUCAUGUUGGCAGGCACAGAUGCGAAUGUAUUCUUGACUAUUUAUGGUUCAAAAAAUGUUACUCCAAGGUUUAAACUAAAGAAUAGAAACUUAAACAAUUUUGAAAGGGAUAACGCAGAUGAAUUUCAUUCUCAAUUUGACGAUUUGGGUGUUAUUAGCAGGAUUCGAAUUGAGCACGACAAUUCUGGUGCUGGACCAGGAUGGUUUUUGGAUUAUAUCUUGAUAGAAAAUCUUGAAACAGGUAAAAGAUACUCGUUCAUGCUCAGAGAUUGGAUUGCAGAAGAUGAAGGUGAUGGGACACUAUUCCGAGAUCUUUAUCCUGAGAUGAACGAAGGUGAUGGAGGAAGGUCGAAGAGAGGAAGGGUUAGACAUUCUUUUACACCGAAAACUAAAUACGAAGUGCAAGUAAUCACUGGUAACGUAUACCAAGCUGGAACUGACGCAAGAGUUUUCAUAACGAUCAUGGGGCGAAAUGACCAAAGCAGGGAGGUUGAAUUAAAUGAUGACAGUGACAACUUCGAGAGAGGCAGAAUCGAUACUUUUAAAAUACAAGCAGAGGACGUUGGUCCCUUAAAAAAGAUUCGAAUAAGGCAUGAUGACACGUCUCUUGGUCCUGGGUGGUUCUUAGAAAAGAUAACUAUAAAGAGAUUCCUAUCAACUGAAGAGAUAUUAGAUAGAUUGAGAUCAUUAGAAAAACAUUUAGAUGACAGACUAGAGGGAAAGCUAAAGGAGAUAUUCAAGGGGCCAAAAGGGAAAAUUGUAAAAGAAAAGUUAAAAAUGAAAGACGAUGGCGUAGAACGAGGAGAGAAAGAGAUUCUAUACGAUAAAGAUGACUAUGAGAGAGAAAGGAGUAGAACACGCUAUGACGAUGAUGCUACUGAAAAGGAAUACUCUAUAGAAAAGCUUAAAAAGACUUUUAAGAAGUUGCCAUACUAUGAUGAGUACGUGUUCCAUUGCGGAAGAUGGUUAGCAACUGAUGAAGAUGAUGGACAAAUUGAUCGUAUCCUUGAGCCGAAGUCAAUAACAGCUUAUUCUCAAACAUUUCACUAA